CUUGGCUCGGCAAGCCAAUAUAUCUCUCGCGGCAGUUGCGUUGAUAGCGUUAAUUCCCUUUUCGAGCCUCGACUUUGCUAUCAAUUCUCCUUCGUCGCCAUCGACUCGGCUGUGGAUCAAAAGCAUUUUGACAUCCGGGUCUUGAUAUAAUAUCAUCCUCUAGCGGCACUGAGUAUCUCUAAACCACACAAAGCCACUAUGGCAGUUCCUCCAGUCCACUUCUUCUCGCAUGGCUCCACUAUGAUGCUCGGCGAAGAGUCUCGCUCAGCCGACUACUGGAAAGCAUGCGGCGACGCCGCUCUCCGCCAGGGGAUCAAAGGCAUUAUAAUGAUGGGCGCACACUGGGAUGCACGUGGCACAAACCGCAUCGACGUCGCGACCAAUCCUCACCCGGCAAAGUCCCCCGUCGCCUACGUUCAUCCCUCAAAAUACGUCUCGUACGAACUCAAGCCUGACCUCCCAACGGCCUCGCGCUGCAUCAGAGCUCUCACCGACUCUGGCUUCGACGCCCGCCCCAACGACAAAUUCGACUGGAUCCACGACACCUACCUAAUCCUGAUCCGCAUGUUCCCCGCCGGCUGCCCGCCGACCACCAUCAUAAGUAUGAACGCACGCUUCGACCCACAUCUGCACGCGCGCGUCGGCGCGGCCCUCGCACCUUUCCGCGAAGAAGGAUAUCUGCUCAUCGGCACGGGCGGCGCAGUGCACAACCUGUACCGUAACCACUGGGGGCAGAUGCUGCGGUACUCAGACAACCUCGCACAACCCUACCCACCCGAGGCGCCGAUGCUCGAGUUCCGACAGAGCUUCGAGGAUGUGUUUGUGCGGUGCUGUGGGGUGGGGGCGCCGCGGGGGUCGCUGACCAGAGGCGUGACGCGGCUGAUGAAGCAUCCGAUGUUCCGGGAUGCGCAUGCGACGGAUGAUCACUAUAUGGCGGCGUGUUUUGUGGCGGGGGUAGUGGAUGCGAGUCCGCGUCUGGAGGAGGGGUGUGUGCUGGGUGCUGAGGACUGGGAGUUGGUGAAUAUGUGCAACAGCCAGUUUACGGUUGGGAAGUGGGCGCAGAAGGUUUAA